UCAGAGAUAUGGUACUAAACUAACUACUAUCAUCUUUCAUUAUUCAUAUUAUAGUUGUUUCUUCAUUGAAUCAUGGUUUUCUUAUUUGAAACUAAUUAAUUUAAUUAAAGCUAGAUCAUUUCAGUUUGUACUUACCAGGCUAAGGCGUGUCUAAAAUCUUACUUUUGGUAAUACUUGCAAUUUCUUUGAAAUAUAAUGAUUGGAUGCACACAAAAAUGAGUUAUCAAGAUGAAUAUGUCGGCUCAUUUCCUAAAGAUUUCAGCUAUGGCCCAUUCGAACAAAAUGGUGAAAGUGAUAAUACGUCGUUACAGGAGGAUCACAAACCCAGAAUCCUUUUAAUGGGUCUAAGGAGGUCGGGAAAAUCUUCUAUUCAAAAAGUUGUAUUUCAUAAAAUGUCACCCAAUGAAACAUUGUUUCUGGAAUCAACUAACAAAAUCGUAAAAGACGAUAUAAACAACAGUAGUUUUGUCCAAUUUCAAAUAUGGGAUUUUCCAGGUCAGAUAGAUUUUUUUGAUGCAAAAUUUGAUUCUGAUACAAUAUUUGGUGGAUGUGGUGCACUGGUUUUUGUAAUUGAUGCCCAGGAUGAUUAUCAAGAUGCCUUAGAUAAGUUGCAACAAACAGUUACCAAAGCAUACAGAGUGAAUAGUAGUAUAAAAUUUGAAGUAUUUAUUCAUAAGGUUGAUGGACUGAAUGAUGAUUAUAAAAUGGAGACACAAAGGGAUAUACAUCACAGAGCGACUGAGGAUUUAGCAGAAAAUGGACUGGAGCAUGUUCACUUAUCAUUUCACUUGACUUCAAUCUAUGAUCAUUCAAUAUUUGAAGCAUUUAGUAAAGUUGUACAAAAGUUAAUUCCACAAUUACCGACAUUGGAAAAUCUACUUAAUAUACUCAUAUCAAAUUCUGGCAUAGAAAAGGCAUUCUUGUUUGAUGUUGUAUCCAAAAUUUACAUUGCAACUGACAGUUCACCAGUAGAUAUGCAAAGCUAUGAACUUUGUUGCGACAUGAUUGAUGUUGUUAUUGACAUAUCUUGUAUAUAUGGUAUGGUGGAAGAAACAGAGACAAAUACAUUCAACAAUCAGAGUUCAAGUCUCAUAAAGCUUAAUAAUGGUACAGUUUUAUAUUUAAGAGAGGUCAACAAGUUUCUAGCUUUAGUCUGCAUACUUAGAGAAGAAAAUUUCCAAAAGCAAGGUGUGAUUGAUUACAACUUUUUGUGCUUCCGUGAUGCAAUAACUCAAGUAUUUGAACUACGCAAUAAAACACAAAAUAUUACACUGUCUCAAAUUGAAAACAAUCUUCCAAAUGGUGGAGGAGAUUCAGUAGAGAGUACAUCUGAUCAGCUACCAUAGCACAAAAUACAUAAUCAUCAAGUAUCUAUAUAGUUAAAUUUUGUUUUACUUUAAAUGUAUGUACAUCUGAAUAUUUUAGAUAUAAACUAAUAUGCUUG